GGCACACCAAUCAUCGACAACAACACCUACAAGCUCAUGUGGUGGCUGGAACACAUUGUCCCGUUCGAGGUCAACACUCGCAAUUUCUGGGCUGCUGCGGGGGCUAUGGUCAGCAAACGGAUAGCUCUGGGCAUACUCACAGAGACGCAACUGAUAGAGGGCACCUUCACUACAGCCGAAGGAAACGUAUACCACGCCUUAGUCUCCCCGGCACUCGGGGGCAUGAAUGCCAGCUUCACGGAGAAACACUUCAGACUCGCCAUGCAGCUGUGCUACACGGCGGUAUCGCGUGACAUGGUACGAGAGACGAAGCGGCUGGUGCACAGCGAGAAAGAGAAGGUCAUGCUGGUCGCCAAGGACGCUACACACCAGGCGAGGCUGGUUGCUAUGCUGACGACCAAUGGGAAUGGGUCAAAUGGUACCCAGAAGGCGAUUUUGAGUACUAAGGUGUUCUGUAUUACCGCGCAGGCGUCCGUGAAUUUCACCCCGCUGACG